AUGGUGAAAGAAUUUCCUCCAGGAUUUUACAAAGCCUCCGAAAUUCGAAUACCAGCAAUUAAUUCAAAUUUCCCACAAAAACAUAGUGUUGAGAUGGAACUUGACGACAUAAAAUCGAACCUUCUUGCUUUAAGGCAAUUGUAUGGUCUUUUGCGAAAUGACAGAGAUGGUCUUUCAAACUUGAACUCUGAUGGUUUGGACUAUGAAGCACGAGUCAUGUUAAAGAAUUUACUCGAUAAUACAACCAACGAUGUUCUCAAGGCUCAUUCUGAGAUCAUAGCACGUCAGCCCCGUGUGCACAGCUUACCUCACCCUCAGCAGCUGAUUGACACAGUGAAGCAACGACCUCUUGCUUUGUCAGACGUAUCAAAAUCCUCAGCUGUUAUUCAAAGUUGUGGAAGAGAGCCGGUUGUCAUGGAUUCCACUUUAUCGAAAGAGAAGCAGCAACUGAUCAUGACAACUAGGCCUCCAAAGUUCAGCUUCAGUGCAAGUGAAUCUGGAAAUAAAAGAAAGUUUUGCAGAAUUUGCCAGCGCCCAAAAUUUGAAAAGCCGUUUGUUCCUUGUGUGAAGACUGAAACUUCUGCAAAAGAAGCUCCACAUUCUACAAAGUUUGUGGCGUUGCAAGAACAGCAGAAUAGUCAAUUCGCCAAUUUUUCUUGGGAUAUUCAACAGGAAGCAUUGCAAUCAGGAAGCACUGAAAGUACAAAGCCGAAAGAAGUUCUUGAUCUCCAUUGCAUAUCAAGUGGUGCAGAAACUGUGGCUCCCUUAUCAGACAGACCAGCUAGUGAUCUUACACAAUCCGUGCAUGACUCUUCUGGUGUGAUAAGAUCGGUACCUGAACAGAACACUGAUCACUUCUCAACUGAUGAAAUCGUUAAACAACUCGAAUUGCACAUUUCAGCUUUGCAGAUGGAUGCCGAGAACCUUGUUAUUGCUAAUAAACAUGCAGCUGAACAUACCUUCAAACCGAUAACUAACUUCAUGCCACAAGCAGAGUCAACCACUCCCAUCAAGAUGAUAGAGGGAGCUGUCGUGAAUGAUGAACUUAGUCAGACUGUUGCAGUUCUAGAUGACUCACUACAGCUAGUGAAUACUCAAUACAGUCAAGAACCUAAAGACCCAUCAAGUUCACGUUAUCCGGGGUAUACUGUUCCAUCAACCAGAAUAUCAAAAUUUUCAUCAGAUCAAUCGCCAAAUCCUCCCGAGUCAAGUAGUUGCCAGUCAAAUCAGUUGAGACAACAGAAGAUAGUAGCAAACAUCUUCCCUGCUGAGGAACGUGAUACUUCUACAAAGCUAGACUUAGUUGAUGAGCGUCCGUGGCAGAUACAGAGUGGAAACGCAAAUAAUGGUCAGAACAUCCACUCCAUCGUUGACCAACUUGAGUCUUUGAGUCAAUUAAAGAAUCAAAAUUAUUUUUUCCAACAAGACCAGCACAACAUGGAAACUGGAGUCACUGCUUUGCCUGCAAUGUCAGUCAACCAGAACCAAAACCAAAUGAUGACUUCAAACGAGAAAAUAUGGCGGCUAGGAAAACUGAAUGCAGCCAGGCAGAUGCCUGCAGCAGAUCUUUCGAGAAACAACAUAGAUACCCCAGGAUUGAUUGAUUACGGCCGCAAGUUAACUUGGUCAGGGACAUGUGAGAGCAGAAUGGACUCACCUUAUUCACAGCAGGCAAUAAUGAGGCGAUCAACAUUGAAUCACAAGCUAGCUCAAUACACACCAUCCCGGAGCUCGUACGCAAACUUGGAGAAGAAGCCUAAUAAGUAUCCGAAGAAUAAUAAUCACAUGAAACAACUGAGGAGAAGGCAUUUAAAUGGACAUGAAUCAGACUCAAGCUCACCAUACUCUUCCAGCUCGACAGAUUUGCAGCAGACGAGAACUUACAGUAGUGAUAAAGAUGAUUCCUUGCGAAGGAAGAUUCGAACCGAGUCGCAGUAUUCAGAUGAAACAAGUGGAGAUGAAUUAUAUCCUCAGAGAGAUAGUAGUCAAACUGAUUACACGAUCAGCUCAAGCUUCAGCGGCAGUGAGGGUUAUACAUCCCCCAUUGGUAAUGAAAGCGCUCAUGAAAUGAUUUCUACAAGUAAAACCGAGGGAGAGAUAUCCUCGUCACUAAAUCAUUCAGGGUAUGACAAUCUUGAAGAACCAUCUUACUACUCAGCAGAUUCUUCAUCAAGGAGGUCAAGUCCCGCACGCAUCUACAAGUCUGCUAACUCAAAACAAUCAAAGAAACAUAACGGAAGGUGGAAGAAGUUGAAAGACAAGCUAGCAAUAGUUUUUCACCAUCAUCACCACCACCACCAUCACCAUCAAGGUAGGGAUGAUAAAGGUAAGGAGAGAAAAACAACAUUGUCGAGGCAGCGAGGAAAGAGGUUUCAUGGGCACUAUUCUUCAAGCAAGGAUGAAAAAUUUGGAGAAAAGGCUUUGGAAAAGUUCGGGAAGUCAGCGAUCGACAAGCAAGCUGGUAAAAAGCAGAAGGGGGACCAAUUUCAUACCCUUGCGCGGGGGCUGAUGCAACAUAUCCAGCAUUCAAAGAAGUCGAAACAUAGCAGCAGUAUACCAGUAGACAAAGGACAACAUAGCAAUAAGAAGGUGAUUAACAAAUUUCAUUGGUGGGAACUACUAAGGCAUCACAGAGGUAUGAAUAAAUCGCCUGCCAUGCUAGGAUCUGGCAAUACGAGAGGCCAUUCAAAAGCUUCCAAGAUGAAGUGAGGCACCCCGAAAUUGCCACUUUGUUUACUUGUGAAUUAGAGCAUAAGUUAUUGACCCACCAACAGGAUAUGCUGGAGAUAAAAGUGCUGAUUAC